AUGGCUCAAAUCAACAGGCCAGCCAUGGAAGAAGAUAAAGUCCAUGCUUUCUCUUCCCCCAUGCCAUUGAUGUCAGAACAUUGGAAGACUGAAGAAGGGAAGAAAUCCAGUCGUCCCUCCUCUCUCAGUGAGGUUCUGGGUUUGCGGGAGUUAUUUUGUCCCCAGGUGUGGAGAGCGUCUCUAGCUGAGCUUGUCGGCACAGCAGUGCUUGUUUUUGCUAUAGACACAAUUGUGAUCUCCUCCAUUGAGACCAAUACCUCAUCACCAAACCUUCUCCUCUCAAUCCUUGUAGCCAUCAUCGUGGCGAUUCUCCUUAUCGCUACCAACCCGGUUUCCGGAGGCCACAUCAACCCCGUCAUCACCUUUUCCGCAGCAACGGUCGGCCUCAUUUCCUUCUCACGCGCCGCUGUGUACAUUUUCAUGCAAUGCGUUGGAGGGGUGCUAGGUGCCUUGGCACUCAAGGCUGUGGUCAAUAGUAGCCUUCAAGAUACAUUCUCACUUGGAGGUUGCACCCUAACCGUGGUGGCCCCAGGGCCACAAGGACCCGUCACGAUUGGGAUCGAGACAGGCCAGGCCCUUUGGCUCGAGGUUAUUUGCACGUUUAUUUUUCUCUUUGCUUCGAUAUGGAUAGCAUUUGACCACCGUCAAGCCCAUCCCAUGGGUAAGGUUAUGGUGCUCUCUAUCGUCGGAAUAGUGGUCGGUAUUCUGGUGUUUAUCUCCACCUCGGUAACAACCGUAAAGGGCUACGCCGGGGCUGGGAUGAACCCGGCUAGAUGCCUCGGCCCGGCACUUGUCCGCGGCGGCCACCUCUGGACGGGGCAUUGGGUAUUUUGGGUUGGUCCUACUAUUGCGUGCUUGGCGUUCUACUUGUACGUCAAGCUCAUACCCCGUCAACAUUUUCAUGUGGAGGGCUACAAGCAUGAUAUCUUCGACUAUAUGAAGAAUCUUCCCAAAUAG